AUGGCUGAAGAACAGCGCGCACGGCAUUUGGCCAAUCCCGCAUCAGCACACUUGAUUCAAUACAUUGAUGACGCUGUGAGGGAUGUUCUACCAGCUGGCACUCGGCCAAUAGGGAUUUCUGAAAGUGGAAACUCACACUGGGUUCGGACCGCAAAGCUCGAUACAGUCGACAAGAAUGGGAAAAAGACGCCAUUUUUCUUGAAGGCAUGUUAUCAUGUGGGAAAGGUCUACAAUUCUGAGAAAGGCAAGGAGGCCUCUACAGCAUACGAGGCUAUGACCGUUUUAUAUGCAGCCUGGCCUGAGCUUGUACCAAAACCAUUGGCGUGGGGUGCCUACAAGUCCGAGAAGGAGGUGUACUUUCUCAUGUGCCAAUUCGUGGAGAUAUCCGGCGAGGUUCCCCGCGUUUCUGACUUCCCUGCUCUCUUGGCGAGGAUGCACAAGAAGCCAGGAAGCAAGUCACCGACAGGAGAGUUUGGCUUUCGAACGUCGACCUUUGAAGGCCGAAACCCGGUGGAAUUCCCUCUCACUAAAACUUGGGAGGAGACUUUGACCAGGAGCCUUAUGACAGCGUUCGAGGCUGAAGAGUUGACCCAAGGACCAGACCCAGAAAUGCGGAAACUACGCAAGAGUCUCUUCUCGAAAGUCAUUCCGAGAUUGAUCAGGCCGCUUGAGGCCAAAGGGCGGAGGUUAGAGCCGACGCUUUGCCAUGGUAACUUAUGGGACAACAACGUGUCCAGCGAUAAGAUUACAGGCAAGCCCAAGGUAUACAAUGGGACACCAGUCUAUGCACACAAUGAGUGUAAGAUACGGUCAAGACACCAUGAAUAUGUGUUUGAGACUCAUAACUGGGAUUUACUGACUCGAGAUGAGUUAGCACCAUGGUUUGUGCGUCGACACCACAUGACAGACGAAUAUGUCAAAGAGUAUAUCAAGCACUACGAGGUUGCAAGUCCUGCUGCGGACUUUAAAGACAGAGGCAUACUAUAUAGCCUGUAA